UUUUCGCCUACGAUAGCCAUGCAGGAGGCGGCCUCCGUUACAAUUUUAUUAUAUUAAGUAGUUUUAAUACAUCACAAAUUAUGGAGCAGAGUAAAUCUAAUUCACCGAAAUUAUUUGUGUGCACCGCCAUAGAAAACAAGGAUGAUAUAGAGGAGAGAUACGAAAGAGCCUACAAUUACUUUCAGUCCUUGGUAGCUGAUUGUAGUGAGAAAGAAGCUCAUGACGCAUUAAAUAAUGCCGUCUGCAAGAAUCAUGAAGAGGUGUCACUAGGAAUGCUGAUGUCCAUCCUCACUGAACCCCAUAAUGCUACCAAAUGCUACAGGGACCUUACUCUAAUCACUAGAGAUGGUUUAUUAUGUGUACUAAAUAACCUAUCUAAUUUGAUUCUAGACAGGUAUUUGAAAUUUCAAGACACUACUCGCAAUCAGCUUCUUUGGUUGAUAAAGGAAAUGAUAAGAAAUGCUGUCACUGGAGUAGACAGUGUCUGUUGGAAUCUGAUGAGAUAUGCAUCAGGAGGUGACAAUUCACCAAAAAAUAUAAUCUUAGUAGAAUCUCUUUUGGAUAUAUAUAUUGAAAAUCGGGUAUGGUUAGAUAAAUUCCCAGUACUUAUUUGCAUGGUGGUGUAUACAUACUUAAGAUUAAUUGAAGAUCAUAAUAUACCACAAUUAAUGAGUUUAAGACAGAAAGAAGUGAAUUUCGUCAUUACUCUAAUAAGGGAACGUUUUGCAGAUGUGUUAAACCUUGGUAGGGAUUUGGUCCGUUUACUCCAGAAUGUUGCUCGUAUACCAGAAUUCAGUCAACUUUGGCAAGAUAUUUUGAUGAACCCUAAAACAUUAUGUCCAACUUUUACAAAUGCCUUGCAAUUGUUACAAUCAAGAACAUCUCGUAGAUAUUUACAGUCUAGACUAACACCUGACAUGGAAAGGAAACUAGUCUUUCUAACAUCUCAAGUAAGGUUUGGCCAUCAUAAAAAAUAUCAGGAGUGGUUUCAAAGACAAUAUCUUGCCACUCCAGAAUCACAAUCCCUCAGAAGUGACAUGAUAAGAUUCAUUGUUGGUGUUAUACAUCCUACAAAUGAACUACUUUGUUCCGAUAUCAUUCCAAGGUGGGCUGUCAUAGGAUGGCUUCUCACAACUUGUACAUCAAAUGUAGCUGCAUCAAAUGCUAAACUUGCUCUAUUUUAUGAUUGGUUAUUCUAUGAUCCUGAAAAGGACAAUAUAAUGAACAUUGAACCUGCUAUUCUUGUCAUGCAUCAUUCAAUGAGAUCACAUCCAGCUGUAACAGCAACAUUAUUGGACUUUUUAUGUCGAAUCAUUCCAAAUUUUUAUCCUCCAUAUGCUGACAAAGUGAAGCAAGGAAUAUUUAAUUCACUACAACAAAUAAUUGAAAAAAGAGUGCUGCCUAAUUUACAACCUUUGUUUGACUCACCCAAAUUAGACAGGGAAUUGCGAACAACUGUAAGAGAAACUUUCAAAGAAUUUUGCAGCAAUGGUAAUGGUGAAGGUGUAUCAGGAACUCGAGAAGAGGGUAGUGAAGAAGGAGGUCCCAUACCAAGAGGGGGUCCAGACGAACCUGCAUUUUCAGAUGACGAAGAUGAAACUCCUACAAAUAUAGCAGAAGAUACUGAUGAUGAUGACUUGCCAUUGUCUGAAGUCCGUGCACGUGAGCGUCCAGAAUUAGCUGCCGCAAUGCCUCUAAUGUUAAGACCAUUAGCUGAGACACUUUUAGAUGAACGAUCAUCUAGUGCUGCCACCACUCUACUUAAUGCCUGUAGUUCUCCAAUGCCAACGCCAACUGCACUUGCUGACCUCUUCGCUGCUGCAAUACAAGAUGCACCUCCUUUACGAAUCAGUCGCUGUCCUACCCCAGCAGAACUUGAUUCUGCAAUGAAUUCGCCACUGUUUUCCAUGUUCCCAUAUCUUUCUGUGACUGGAGAAUGGACUGAGGCAAAACGAAAGCUUAUACUGGAAACUUUAAAAGAAAUUCAUAGUCAGAAUUCAUUUCCCUCUGUAGGAUUAUAUUUGUUGUUUUAUUUAAGAGUAUGCUAUGAACGUGAAUGUCGUGGCGAACGUGACUUAGGACGAAGACGAGAAGUGAAAUUCAAAUCAGAAAUGUAUAGCGAGUAUUGUAGUUAUUUGGAACUAAAAUUAGGCGACAGUUUAGCAGACGAUUUUGAAAAAUGUCAGGAAUGUGAUGCUAAUGUUCUCGUUUGGUUGAUACCUGAUGUCUACCGAGAAUUCAAAGAUCAAGCACAAAAUCAUAUAAGACUGUUACAUGCUGUAGUUUCUACAUUAGAUGCUGCCCAAUUACAACGGUUGGUUUGUCUUACGUUGCAAGGGAAUUUAAUGAUGUUCAAGUCUGACGACUUUACAAGUAUGCUGUCUACCAGUCUUGAGUGGGAGACGUUUGAGCAGUAUUGUCUUUGGCAACUUUUAACUGCACACGAUAUUUCAGUUGAAGAUGUUUUACCAAUAAUACCUAAGCUGUCCUAUAAAGACCAUGCUGAGGCUCUAACAUCAGUGUUACUUAUGCUGAAGCAAGAAAAGCCCACCACCGAUGUUUUGCGACAGUUGUUCUGUAGAUCCAUAGACGAAGAUGACACUUUUGUAGUAUCCACAGUAAUGUAUUGGUGUCAGGACUAUGAAGAUAAAGUAGGCGAUUUAGUAUCAGUCUUGCUGAAUACGCGAUAUCCAGGCACAAGCCCUAACAAAAGAAAACGCCCAAGCAAACACAACAUACCACCAAACGCUCCUCCUUCUGCUGAACUGGUACUGGGCCACUUGGAACAACUGAGGGUAUGUUGUGUAGAACAAGCUGACAUGUCAAUUUUCAACAUGCAAUGUAUGCAGAAAGCACUGCAACAAGCUCAAUCGAAUAGUAAUGAUAAUAUAAGGAGACAAUAUAGUGAUUUAUUCUGUCUUGCUUUGGAAGAUGAAUUACCAAUAUCAAGGCGAGCUAGAAAAUUAAUUUUAAAUUCGAUGCCUAUCAAUCAAAACUUGCAUUCAUCUAAUGAAGACAGUGAGGAGGAUGAAAUUGUCAAGCCUAAACAAGCAAAACGUCGAAAGAAGGCUAUUUCCGAUAGUGAUUGACAUAUCUCGCGUAGAAAGAAUGGUAAUUUUAGACACCAAAGUGCAACUCAACAAUACAAUAAAUAUUAGUAUUGUAAAAUACAGAAUAAUUGUUUGUUACCUUAUAUUAUUACACAGACCAGGUCCAAUUCCAAGAAUGGAACCUGAUUUCGUGACUCAUCUGUAAAUGUUAUGUUGUAACCGCCCCUUAACAUGAUAAUAUUGCUGUAAUUUAAUAUUUUUAUGCACUGUAUAUUAAGUAAGAAGUAGAUCCAUUAUUCCGCAUGACGUGACCACUUAAUGUACAAAACCAAACUGCUACUUUGUACAAUGUAUGUGACUCUGUGCAUUGCGCAUAUGUAAUUUAGCUAGUAUAAUAUAAAUAACUGGAAAUAUUAUUUCUAUUAAAGCGCUAUAGAUUGGUUUUGUGCAAUUUCUUUUGCCAAUUAGGAUAACAAUGAACGUUGUCACUGGUCAUGCACUGUAAAUUUUAGCACAGUAGAUUUUAUGUGUAAAGUUAGGUACCUUAUUGUUGUACAGUUUUUUUAAUUCCGAUUAUCGUGUCGACUUAUGUUAAGUAUAAGAUGACCAAGAAUUUUAUUCAAAGGAUAUUGCGAUUUUGAAAUACAUUUUACACUAAGAUCAAUAAAGUAUUUCCCCUUU